AUGGCUUCCAACGAAAUAGCAAAGCUAGAGAGAGAGAGAGAGAGAGAGAGAGAGAGAGAGCGAGACUCCAAUGUCUGUCGCCAACAGAAGUGCGAUCGGUGGAGCCCUACAUUUCUCCCGCUUAUCUUCUACCUUUAUCAGAAGCUUCACCACCUCUUCGCCGUCUACCUCCACUCCGAACCCCAAUGCCCCGACUGUUUGACUAAAAUCAAGCGGAGGAAGAAGAACCUGUUCGAAGUAGUUCAGUUUUUGCCCAAUUGGGGAGUAGGAUACCAUGUCGCCAAGGCUCAUUGGGAUGAAAUAUCGUACCAGAUCACCAAAAUAAAUCUGUACAAGAGUGGCACGCAUGGCAAGGCAUGGGGCGUUGCUCAUAAAGAUGGUACGCCUAUCGCAGAAGCUCCGAAGAAGAUCAGUGGCGUUCACAAGCGCUGUUGGAAGUAUAUUGCUAGCUUACCGAGUUCGGGAGACAGCGACCCAUCAGCUGAAGUUCAAACUUCAUGACUGCGAUUACAGUCCUUAAAAAAUAUAGUCAGGUUUCCUAACUUCAUUAUAUGAGGGGCAUUCUGUGCUUUACUUGCGAUCCGGGAUGAAAUGAAAGAUCAAUCGUCCCGAACUUUGUGUAAGUUCGAACUCGAUUCUCAGAUACUUGUAGAUUUUAUUGUUGAAUCGAGGUUUAAGAAUCUGGUUGAUAUUUGUGAAUCAGUGUUUUUGUCCUACUGCUGUGAGAUGAAUACAAUAAUGUUUCCUUUUUUAAACAUGGAAAGUGUUGAAGAGUUCA